GUGUCCGAGAUAAACCCAUCGUUCGAUGGUACACGUCCUGUUCGUGAUCGGAGAAGAAGCAAGCGAAGAAACGGAGGGAUUGUUAACUAGCAAUGGCGGCGUGCGCAUCUCCUAUUAAACCGCGCUUUUUCUCCUCCUUCUUUGGCGAUCGCCUCGCCUGCUCGCACGUACCCCUUCUCCGCCGCAACGCAGGAAUUAGGAAUUCAUCGAUCCAAUUCUCAAGGACUCUCUAUAACUUAGCUGACAUCUUAUUCAAUAAAAGCAAGAGAAAAGAUGAUUGGGUAAACAAUAAAUACAAGCGUCUGCAACCGGGAAAAAUUUCUCCUCCUCUUGCUGUUCCAGAUCACAUAAUGAAGCCUCCAUAUGCAAACUCCUCUCAGUUUCCAGGAAUUGCUAGGGGACCAGAGAUUCACGAUGAGAAGGGAAUGGAAGGCAUGCGAGCAUCUGGAAGGCUUGCUGCAGAAGUAUUGGAAUAUGCUGGAACACUUGUUCAGCCAGGCACUAUGACUGAUGAUAUCGACAAGGCAGUACACCAAAUGAUAAUUGAGAAUGGAGCAUAUCCUUCACCUCUUGGCUAUGGCGGUUUUCCAAAGAGUGUUUGCACAUCAGUAAAUGAAUGUAUCUGCCAUGGGAUACCAGACUCCCGUCCUCUUGAGGAUGGUGAUAUCAUCAAUAUUGACGUUACUGUAUUUCUGAAUGGCUAUCAUGGCGAUACUUCUGCCACAUUCUUUUGUGGAAAUGUUGAUGAGGAUGCAAGGCAGCUGGUUGAGGUAACAAGAGAGUGUCUUCUCAAAGCAAUAUCAAUAUGUGCACCUGGAGUGGAGUACAAUCGAAUUGGAAAAACAAUACAUGAUCAUGCAGAUAAGUUUCGAUUUGGCGUAGUUCGGCAUUUUGUUGGUCAUGGUGUUGGACGUGUAUUUCAUGCCGAUCCUGUUAUUCUUCAUUAUAGAAAUCGUGAGUGGGGGCGCAUGCAACUCGGUCAAACAUUUACUAUAGAGCCUAUGCUUACAAUUGGGAGCACAAAACCUGUGAUAUGGGAUGAUAAAUGGACUGCAGUGACCGAAGACGGAAGCUUAUCGGCGCAGUUUGAGCAUUCCAUACUGAUCACUGAAAAUGGAGCGGAAAUACUAACCAAGGUAUCAGGUAUUGAACCUUAAAGGAAUAUUGAGGCUGAAUUUUACUUGGAAGGACUGAAGAAAAGAAAGUAAUGCAAAAAUGCAUAUGCAAUUGAAGUGCCAAAUUAUGACUCACACUCCUUCCAUUCCAGCAAGUAAAUCCAGCUUAGCGAAGGAGACGAACAGGGAAGACAAUACAUAAAUGUACGCGAGUAAUCCAUGAUUCUGUACAAUUUUAUGAAAUUUUGUCUCCGUGUUUAUCUCUCUGUUGAAAUAAAUCAACCGGAGUGAAGCUAAUCCAAUUCUUGUAUCACCACAUCACAUCUGUAGUAAACUUUAGUUGAUUGAAACUGUCAUUCUAGUAGUAUACCCAAAGAUCUGUAUUCUUGGAAUAGUCAUGCAACCAGUUGUUAUAGACCAAAUUCUGUAAUUUGAUAUUCGAGUAGAAUUCUAAACUAGUCGAGCCAAGCCUA